ACCAAUGCGAUAGACUGUACCUUCGCUCCUUUUUUCUUUCAUUAGCGUAGUUCGGUGAGUUCAGUCAGCUGUCCGUUUGGAAAGUUGGUGAGAUGGCUGCUGGUUGUUGUGGGUCAAAGAAACAGAAAUUAAAUAAUUCCACAAUUAGCGUACCGUCAUGUAAUGGUACUUCGAUAACUACAAACGGAUCUUUGAACGGCAUGGUUGCUUUACCAGAAAUGUGUUUCUUUUGUUUUGAUGUGUUAUACUGUCAUCUUUAUAACCUCGACCCACCAAAGACACCUUCUUUCAGUAAUGAGGCCUAUCCUUUAUUUGUCACUUGGAAAAUUGGCAAAGAUAAACGAUUACGAGGAUGUAUAGGAACAUUUAACGCGAUGAAUCUGCAAUCGGGCCUGCGGGAGUAUGCAAUUACAAGUGCUUUUAAGGAUUCUCGUUUCAACCCAAUCACACGAGAUGAAUUCACCAAGUUAAGUGUCUCGGUAUCGAUACUUAGGCACUUUGAAGAUGGUAACGAUUAUCUUGAUUGGGAAGUGGGUGUCCAUGGAAUACGUAUCGAAUUUGUUAAUGAGAAGGGUAACAAACGAACUGCCACAUAUUUACCUGAGGUUGCUACAGAGCAAGGUUGGGAUCAAGUUCAGACAAUAGACUCUUUGCUUCGUAAAGGCGGUUAUAAAGCUGUAAUUUCCAAUGAACUCCGUCGUAGUAUAAAAUUGACUCGUUAUCAAAGUGAAAAAAUUACAGUGAGUUACCAAGACUAUAUGAACCAUUGGAACAAUCAGCGUUGCUAGCAGUUAAUGUGGGGGCGUGGCAUCCCCACGCCUCCACAGACAACUCCACUCUAUCCACAUACGAUGCCACUAUAUCGAUCACCGACAGUAGUUAUGGUACAACCUCCAUUACCUCUUCCCUCCUAUUCAGGACCGAAUUUUGUGCAACCGCCUUUCGUAUUACCGACCAUGCCUACUGGUAACUCUGUAUGGUGGGAUCAUUACCCUGGACCAUCCGGCCAACAAGACUUCGUAAUGCUACCCUCGCCAGAAUCGGAUAGAAAUGGUUAUCAAUCACCACCUUUUCGAAAGCGAAAGUGACACAAAAACAGUUAAAUUUAAUUCUGAUAAAACUUUUAUUACAUGCCAAUCAUGUGCCCUCAAUUAACGUUUUUUAACACCAAAGGUUUUCAAAUUUCUUAGGACGUGAACUGUUUGACGAUAUAACGUAUGAAGUAUCAGUUAUUGAAUUCGCUAUCACAUCUGUGCCUGACCAUCGCACUCGGCGCUGCUUUAGAUAAAUGCCAAACGACCUUUUUGGUUUAGAUAAUUUUAUUCCAUCUAAGAUUAUGUUUAGGUUUUAUCUUUUUUGUAUUCAUCCUGUUUUUUUUAUUCGAUUAAGUUUAACAUCAAGUAUGUUGACAAAUCCAAACAUUGAAAAAAGUACAACCUCUUGAAUUUUAUUUUUGAAUUACACCCUACACGAAUAAGCACAAUCAAUUCAAUAUGUACAGAGAAACUUAGUUUUAUAUACAUACAGUAAAUUAAUGUAGGAUAUGAAUAUUUUUUUUAUUAAAAACUCGUAAAAAUUCACUUAGAGUAAGGAGUAUGAAUUUUAGUUUAAUUUUUCAAGUACAUAGGUAUACAAGAAUCGUGCAUAUGUAUGUUAAAUAAUCGCAAGAUUGGAUACUUACUAACACAGAUAGUGUUUAAUUUUUUAGUUCAAUUUUUUGGUGUAUGGUAUAUCUCUGAGAAUUAUUACCUUUCACUUAUUGAUAAUUUUCUUCCAAAAAUAUUGAACUGCUGAUGCUUAAAACGACUCCUCACACUAAUGCAAAAGGUAUCAAUUAUUAGCGGAGAUAUAUUGAAUGAAGGUUUAUUAAAUAGAUCGCAAAUGCUAAUUCAAUUCAAUAUUUUUUGAACAUAUCAAUAUUAGAACUUUAUUAAUUUUGGUGUUUUGAAUUUGUGCAACUAAUACCGUCGCUUUUUCGAUCUAUUGAAAUGCUUAUUAUAUCGUAUGAUUACUGCUUGUGAAAGUUUAAUGUAGGCCCUGGAAAAGAAAUGUAGUCAGCUAGUCUACUAGAAUAUUUCAAAUUCUCCUGUUCAUUAAUUUAGUGAAUUGUGAUUUCCAAAAGCAGUUUCUUGUGAUACAUUCUACGCAAAAUAACAUUAAUCGAAAACACUAAAGAAACAUGCAUUUAUUUGGCCCUUAUUAAUAAUUAGUGCAAGCCUGUUUGAUUACCAAUUAUAUACAUCAUUACUUCAUCCAUAUUCCAAUUGAAUAAAUGAAUGACAAA